AUGCCGCUUCUCUUUCUCUUCUCAAGGUUGUCGCGGAAGCGGAGACCGUGGAGGUGGGAAGAGGAGCGGCAGGGGGCAGAAGGGGUUGGAGAAGUAGAAACGGAUAGAGUCAAGGGAGGGUUGGUGUUGCAAAAUGUAGUCAUCGGUGAACGGGGAUAUUGUUUGGUGGGGGAGAAAGUGGAGGGCGGUGAUAGAGGUGGAGAACUGGGACUCAAAGACAUUCCAAGCUUUAUUAGAGUCACUACUUUGGAUGAUAUUAUGUUUGACUUCUUGGGUUCUGAGGCACGAAAUUGUUUGAGAUCAUCUUCAAUCAUCAUUAACACAUUCCAAGACUUGGAUGGAGAAGCCCUUGAUUCCCUCAGGGCCACGAACCCAAAUAUAUAUACCAUUGGUCCACUUGACUUACUUGGUAGGCAUUUUCCUAAGAAAGAAAAGGGUUUCAUGUCAGUUGGGUCAAGUUUAUGGAAAAAUGACUCAAACUGUUUAACAUGGUUAGAUAAAUGGGAACCUAACUCAGUCGUAUAUGUUAAUUAUGGAAGUAUAACAGUAAUGACAAGUCAUCACUUAAAAGAAUUUGCUUGGGGACUGGCAAAUAGCAAACUACCUUUCUUAUGGAUAACAAGACCAGAUGUAGUUAAGGGUGAAUCUGUAGCUCUACCACAAGAUUUCUUUGAUGAGAUCAAGGAUAGGGGAUAUAUAACAAGUUGGUGCAUUCAAGAUCAAGUGCUUUCUCAUCCCUCUGUUGGGGUCUUUCUAACCCAUUGUGGUUGGAAUUCAACACUUGAAAGCGUAUCUUCUGGUGUGCCUAUGAUUUGUUGGCCUUUCUUUGCUGAGCAGCAAACAAAUGCUAGGUACUUAUGCAGAAAUUGGAGGAUAGGAAUGGAAAUUAAUCAUGAUGUGAAGAGAGAAGAGAUAACAAAGCUUGUAACAGAAAUGAUGAAGGGAGAAAAAGGAAUGGAAAUAAGACAAAAAUCCUUAGAGUGGAAGAACAAAGCAAUCAGAGCUACUGAUGUUGGAGGGUCGUCUUACAACAACUUCCAUAAGUUAAUUAAGGACAUUUUUCACAAAGCUAUUUGA